AGUAAAUAUCAGGUGGUUGGAGUUGCUCGUAUAAUAUUUACAGCACCCCAUGCCUCAAGCACCAGCGUGAUCAUUUCAUAUCAUUUUUUUUUUUAAGGAUAUACCAGUACAUUGCGGUAGCUAUCUUCCAAUUUGUACAUAUUUAUUUUUCUCUGCUAUCUAACGAUCGUAUUGUUUGCAUGACGUUGUACCUAUAAACCUCUCUAUUAAGCCCUCCAUUUCCGCAGGAGGAGCGUCUUGAUUGUCUGUGCGGCGUUCGUCGACCCUACUACUCUCCGAGAUAGGCCGCCUCUCAGUUUACGUGUACGACCUCUCUCUUUGCUUCAUCGUCAACACAGAUAACUCCAUCAAGAUAGUCAUAAAAUAUGUUGGUAGCAAGGCAUCCGUUGGCGACGGCGGCAUUAACCGCUGCCUUGGCCGGCUUAUUCCCCAGCACCGUCACAGCUCAGACUUACACAUCAUGCAAUCCCUUGACAUCAUGUACGUUCAGCCUGGGCUACCCCAGGAAAAUCCACCUCAAAUGCAUGCCGAUAUUCUAACUAGGAGCGCAGCCUGCCCCCCUGAUCCCGCCCUCGGCAGGACCAUCGACAUUGACUUCACCCAAGGUAGCUCGGAUGACUUAUUCACGCCCUCUGGUGGCACCCCGACAUACAAUUCAGAUGGGGUUUCAUUUACGGUCGCCCAGAGCGGCGACUCUCCUCAGCUUAUUUCCCUCUUCUACAUCAUGUUCGGUCGGGUCGAGAUCACGAUGAAGGCUGCACCCGGUGCCGGCAUUGUGUCAUCCCUAGUGUUUGAGUCAGAUUGCCUGGACGAGAUCGACAACGAGUGGCUCGGUGCCGACAAUAGCGAAGUGCAAACGAACUAUUUCGGAAAGGGCAUUACAGGCUCAUACAACCGUGGCCAAUUCAACCCUGCACCCAACAACCAGGCAGACUUCAUCACAUAUACGGUGGAUUGGACGAGCGAUCGGAUCGUUUGGACCGUGGGUGGAACUGUGGUCCGCACACUGAGCGUCGAUGAGGCCGAGUCGGGCCAAUAUCCCCAAACUCCUAUGCAAAUCAAGUUUGGUUCAUGGUCUGGGGGCGAUCCGAGCAAUGCCCAGGGUACCGUCGAGUGGGCACGUGGCCCGACUGAUUAUUCUCAAGGGCCGGUGAUCAAUCUGGGUCCUGGCAAUCUAUUCAGGCUGAGGGUGGGUCUGUGAAUGGCAAUCUCAAUGGCGCCGGCGAACUGACUACAACUGCCGUCACUACGGCCUCUGCGUCGACUUCAACCGCCAACGUGCCCGUCGGAGGCAUUGGCUCGGGCUCAUCGGACUCGGGGUCUUCCAAUUUGCCUGACGGCUGGGUGAUGACGUCGGAUGGAAAGGUGGUCCCGUCAAGCUCGGCCACCG